GCGGCGACAUAAGUAUAUCACCAGGAAAAUAUCGGCUACAGAAAAACACAACUCGAAGCACAACUUGUUCUCUCACAGACUGACCAGGACGACUGAUUGAGUGUCCACGAUGGCGGUGGUCUAUGCCUGGGGUCUUGGCAAAUCUGGACAGUUGGGCAAUGGCAAGCGAGCAAACAGUGAAUUACCCGAAGUGUUUCAAACAAAACGGAAAGUGGUCUCUCUGAGUUGUGGAGCUCUCUUUACAGGGGUUGUGACGACUGACGGGAAGGUUGCUACGUCAGGGUGCGGGAAGUAUGGACGUCUUGGCGGCGGUAAUGAGAACGACAGGGAGACGCCGACCGAAGUGGAGAUAACGGACGACACUAAUGUUAAAGAGAUUUCCUGUGGUUGCUGGCAUGCCUGUGCCAUCACUGACGAAGGACAGGUCCUCUCAUGGGGGUUUGGAAGACAACAUGGCGUGUUUGGUUGUGACGGUGACAAAAACGUCAUAAUCCCGACACUCAUUACGUCUCUGCAGACAGUGCGCAUUGCUGGUGUUUCCUGUGGGAACAACUUCACGCUCGCGUGGACCAGUGACGGUGAGGCGUUGUCUUGGGGGUAUGGCCACUAUGGUGUCCUCGGGCAUGGUGACGAAAUAGACCAGACGAAUCCAAAAAGGAUACAAGCUUUUGAUAAUGAGAAAGUCGUCAAUAUGAACGCAGGGUUUGCCCACUGUGGUGCUGUUACGGAAUCUGGCGGUGUCUUUAUGUUUGGGAAGGGGAAAGACCACGCACUCGGUUUAGGGAAAGUAUCUGGCGACCAGAUGACACCCAAGUCACUGAAAGUACUUUCAGAUGCGCGGAUUCUAGGCUUGAGUUGCAGUGUAGGAGAACACCACGGUCACACCCUGGCAGUGGACGACUCCGGGACAGUUCAUAGCUGGGGUGACGGCUACAAGGGAAAGCUGGGCCUAGGAGACACAGAGUCGCGGUUAGUUCCGACACAGAUACCUCAGAAGAACUUCAAUGGCGAGUUCAUCACUCAGGUGUCAGCAGGGGGAAUCCAUAGCGCUGCAGUCAGCAGGGAAGGACAUGUGUUCACAUGGGGCUGUGGAAGUGACGGGAGACUGGGACACCCAGAGGCCAAGGGGCAUCGGUAUCUGUUCAAAUCAGAUGUCCCCAGAGUUGUAGACUUUCUGGAGAAAGUUGGGAAGGUUAAAGGUGUGUCUUGUUCUUAUUACCACACGGCAGCAAUGGUCACAACCUCGAGGACGAAGGACAAAUAGCACAUCCAUCUGGACCAUGUCAGGUUUUACUCAUAAGCGUAACACGGUCUUCUAUGUUCAUGAUGAUUUGUGACCAGGACAGCUGGCCACCAAGGACUACUUUUUUCAGAGUGUUUGGGCCUCAAGAUUUCCUGAAGAGAACUUGAACUUUCGUCGCAGAGGAUGCAGUAGAGAAGUGUCAUGCUAACUUUUGUCUCCAUCAAAUCAGCAAAGAAUAUAUUCCUCUUUGUGGUACCUCCAUGUAUCUCAUCCUUAACAUGUCACAUGAAGGACGCAACCAGAUAAUCUUGCAUUCAUUCAU